CUGUGCAAACACAUUCCACAUUUUAUUACCGUACAUUCCGUACUUUACGAGCACACUGACCGGCAAGAGACACAGAACAGAGAGAAGGCACUGAUGAUCAGCCGAUCUGAUAAGCGCUGAACCAGGAUGUGCUGCUGCUGCCCGUCUUAAUUACUGCACAGACACACGUGCAUUUGCAAAUCUGGUCAUUUGCAUUGCCGCUCAUUUGCGUUUGGCAAUUUUGAUUUUCUCGCUAAUUGCACACGGUCUGCUUUUUGGCCUGCAUUUUAGCGAAGUUUGACCUCGCGGUAUUUCGUCGUGCUUUUUUGUGUGGCUGUGCUUUGGUUGUUUUUUCUUUUACCGUUCUCAUUCUCGCCUGCAAUAUGGACACACCUGCAGCUGCAUCUGACGGCCAGCGUCGAUCCCCGCGUAUACAGGAGAUUGCUGCACGCACAUCACCGUCUGCACCAUCGGCAUCCAUAACAGCGGCCACGGCACCAUCAACUGCCGCGCCUGCGAAUGCUGAACGGCCGUCUUCCGCUUCUACGGGCAAUGGUUCUCCAGCGUCUUCUGCUGCAGCACCUGUGGCCCCGCCGUCAUCCUCAGAACCGAUCGCCGGGGCCAGCGGUGUACAGAAGGCACCAAGGCGACGUCCCGACCACGACCCACGGAUCAAAAACAGCGUGAAUGUGGGCAAGCGAAUGCCUGUGGCACCCGUGGAGGAUGACGAAGAGGAAGAAGACUCGGAAGAAGAAGACGCUGAAGAAGAAGAAGAAGACGAAGACGACCAAGAAGAAGAAGAUCCGCAACCGCCUGCUAAGCGACGCCGCACUGGCGGUACAAGUGCCACAAGCGUCGCAGCGGAACCAGCCGUCGCGGGAGUGUUUUGUGAAGGCAGUGUUGCCUAUUUCGAUACCACCAACGCUGUGCUGGUUGAAACUCCAACUCAGACUUUCGUUUCUGGGCAGUGGCACGGACGCUUCUUGAUGCCAGUCAGUAACUUCCGUGGCGCUGAUCUCUCCGGCAUCCCUAUUGCGGGUCCUACGCAUCCCGAUCGCCGCUUGCCUGUGUGGGGGGACGUCGAGGAGAAAAACCGCGCUUUAUACGAACGUCAUAUGGAAAAAGUGCGAUUGUACGGGGGCUACGUGUGUGGCUAUUGCUACGCCAAGGCUGAAUUUAAGCCCGCUGUCCAUAUCUUCGCUGAUCAUCGCCGUUCAAAGGCGCGGCAGGAUUGCAUCCGCCAUGUUAUCGGCAAGCGGGCUGUGGGUGGACGGGCAGCGCAGGGCCCAUGCGUGUACUUCGCCCGCGCCGAACCGGAUUCUGCGGGCAUCAAAGGCGUCACUGCACCAACGAAAAUCGAACCGUUGGUUCCGUACGUAAAAAUUGCCCCUGGUGGGAAUAAUGAAGUUGUUCCGCAUAAGGGGAAGCACUAUGGCAACAUUCGAAAGGAAUGAGAUUCCGUGUUAUUGUUUCUGUUGCGGGUAAAUUUUGUAUGGUUGGUGUCUUCUCCAUGAAGUAUUUUUGUUUUAUUGCUCUAAUGUCCUGAAUGCUGUGCAACACUAUUAUGAUUUUUGUUUCUCAUCGCCCAAUGCUAUCAUGAUAUUUUGUUAUGUAUACGCCGAAGUACUUUUUUAUGGCUUUUUCAUGCCGCAUUAUGAAUUUCGAAGAACGAAUCAACUUAAACGUUACAUUUUACACAUUUUACGUACAUUUAUGCAAAUCUGCAAGUGCAAUGUAAAAAUCCUUCUCCGCAUUCUGUACACAAUAAAAUGAAGUGAAAGUUUCUGUCAGCAUACACAUGAAAUUUCUGACAUAUGGGCUCGUUAAACAGCGCUCUCUUUGCAUUUGCAUGCCAUAAAAAGUUACAAGUGUAAAUUAACACCUGUUUAAGCGCUUGAUAGGCUUUCUCCACACGUGCACCACAUCGCACCACUGUUUACUUUCGACCUGGCAUGGCGUGUACGCGAAGUCGCUUGUAGCCAAUAAACUGUUUCAAAAUGCAGUAAAAUUUUCAAACUGCAAUCUUGUAAGAUGGUUGACCAUGCGUAAGUUACCGACAACGACAGACUUUCAGUUUAAAAUUUCCAAGCCGUUGUAAGUUUUGAAUUUUUAUCUGGGCAUGGAUUCUCGUGCAACUUCCACGCCGAAUACCGGCUGUACCAACGACAUCGACGUGGACGAUUUAAGCCUAAGCGCUAUUUUUGACCAAACGUUUUUGUCUGCUUUGGCCAAAGAAGCUUGGCCGGAAGUUACCAACGCCGAAGUUGAAGCUGCCAUGGCCAAUAUUGACGACGCAAGUGCACUGCCUUGUGGAAGCCAAGAUUCAACGCCUUUGGCAAGCAAUUCCGCGGAGAGCGAGAACACCCGACCGGAAUUAAAAGCGGAUGAUAGCGAUGUCAUCGUCGUAGAUGAUCUGGUCCAAGAGCCAUCCAACGGUCGAAUUCCGGUUAACAGCCCGCAAUGGGAAAAUCCUGAUCAAGCCGACGAGCACGAUGAUGAUAUUGUCAUCGUUUCAUCAUCUCAAGCUAAGAAACGGAAGCCUCUUGUGCAGACGUAUCUUGCUCCACCUGGCAACCGGAAGCAAGCGCCACCGGCGCCGUACAAGAAACGAAAGGCUAUCCAUGAGCGCUUCGCGAAUAUGCCAGCAUCGCCCGUACAGUACGGAGCUGGACUUCCUCGAGGUGUGCUUAGCGCUCCCCCUGCUCCGCGGCCGUGGCCGCCUGUGGCUAUACCCGGAUUGAGGCGUCCACCGGUCAUGCCGGGGCCGCGCCCCAGCACUUCGCAGAUGGCAGCAGCAGUUCCACGUGCCGAAAUGACGAUAAGGCCGAACGUGCCCCUCCAGCUAGUACGUCCGUGGGGAGUUCCAGGAUAUAUCCCGGCUAUGCCUGGAUACUAUCCCGGUAUGCCAGGAUUUGGACAACCAUUUCCGCACUGGUAUGAGCCGAAUGCGUAUCAGCGGGAGUACGACAUGAUGAUGAACAUCAUGCACGGUUUUGGUAUCGGGAAUGCUAACAAUGGGCACGGCUUCGGUUUGAACGGAAUCGGAAACGGCAACAACAAUGGGGACCGCUUCGAUAAUAACAGGAACGACAAUCACGGGCAUGGAAGCGUCGUCAACGGAGAUAAUAAUAAUAAUAAUGGAACUCAAGUUUGCAACGACUGCAAUCGCAACUUUCCAUCCGACGAAUGUUUUGAAAAGCAUAAAGAACGAAUUGCUUACAAAUCCAAGGAUCUUACCGUUUGUGAUGCCUGGAAGAAAUGCGCAGACUGCAACAGGUACAUAAAUCCGCCUGGCCGGAAGUACUCGGACCCACAUGUCUGCUAUGCGACGCUGUGCCUGAAUUGUAAAGAAUUUGUUCUUCCUAACCAUUUGUGCUAUAUUUUAAAUGGAGAAAAAGCGCAAAACAAGAAAGCAAAACCAAAGAAUCAAGCGGUUGCUGAAAGCGAAACUUUUGCUUCUGAAGAUGAUGCCGUGUCGGAUUUUCUGGACGAUGAUGCGGAAAGUGAAGCACGCAGCGAAGAGUUUUGCGAUGAUGUGGAUGAAGUCGUUAGUGAUGACGCGGAUGAUGAGUGCGAAGACUCCGAAUCCACUAUUUCCGAGACAAGUAAAAAACAGCAAGUCCGUUUUGAGAACAAAAAAUUUGUUUUUGAUUUUGAAACAUGCCUGGACAACAGUCGAUAUCACCAGCCGAUGGUCGUGGCCAUGAUGUGCUUGGACGAUGAUUCGUUUGAGAUUUGUUUCAGUGGAUACGGAUGUGUUUCUGAGCUACUUGAAUGGAUUUUUAAAAACUGCCGAUCGUGCACCUUUUUGUCACACAACGGAAAGCGUUACGACAACUUUUUCAUCCUUAGUGGAUUAGAAAAGGAAGGCCACAUCGUCGAAAAAAUUCAAGAUGGCUCCAGUAUUACAAUGCUAAAAAUUCCCGGGCUGAAGUGCAAGUUCAUCGACACGCUGUCCUUCAUGCCACGUUCUCUUUCGGAGCUUCCAAAGAUUUGGGAAUUGACGAUUUAG